AAUGGUCACCACAUUCUAAAGUUUUCCAAACAUACACUUCUCUUGCGAAAAUUUGUGAUGGCUUCAGAAUUGGAAGGCACCCAAAAGGUCCUUGAUCUUAAAAGAAAACAACAAGAGGAAAGCUUCUGUUAUGCCGCGCAGCUGGUGAACACAAAUGUCAUAACCAAGUCCUUGCAAACCACAAUCGAGCUCGGAAUUUUUGAUAUCAUAGCAAAAGCCGGGGAAGGAGCUAAGCUCUCCGCGAGUGAGAUAGUGGCGCAGUUGCCAACCAACAACCCCGAUGCGCCCAUGAUGCUGGACCGCAUCCUCAGGAUGCUGGCCAGCCACUCUGUGCUCACAUGCUCUGUGGUGGCCGAUGAUCAAAGGGUUUACAGUCUUAAUAAUGUCUCCAAAUGCUUUGUCACUAAUGAAGAUGGUGUUUCAUUAGGCCCCUUGAUGUUAAUGUUAGAAGAUAAGGUCUUCUCGGAUAGCUGGUCCCAACUUAAAGGUGCAAUACUUGAAGGAGGGAUUCCCUUUAACAGAGUCCAUGGAAUGCACGCCUUCGAGUAUCCAGCUCUGGACUCAAGGUUUAAUCAGGUUUUCAAUAACGCAAUGCACAACCAAACCACUAUGAUUAUGAAGCAGAUCCUUGAGUUUUAUAAAGGCUUUGAAAACCUUGGGCAACUGGUAGAUGUUGGGGGUGGUUUAGGAGUGACCCUUAAAGAGAUCACCUCCAAAUAUCCACAUAUCAAGGGUAUUAACUUUGAUUUGCCUCAUGUUGUAGAACAUGCCCCCUCUUAUCCAGGGGUUGAACAUGUGGGUGGAGAUAUGUUUGAAAGUGUUCCAAGUGGGGAUGCCAUUUUUAUGAAGUGGAUACUUCAUGACUGGAGUGAUGAACAUUGCCUGAAACUAUUGAAGAAUUGUCACAAAGCCAUGCCGGAGAAUGGAAAGGUUAUAGUGGUGGAGGGCAUUCUCCCAAUUGUGCCAGAAAAUAGCUAUGGUGAUAACAUAUUGUCCAAAGCGGAUGUGCUUAUGAUGACUCAAAACCCAGGAGGAAAAGAGCGAAGCCAACAAGAGUUCCAAGCUUUGGCAACUGGUGCAGGAUUCAGUGGCAUCAGAUUUGAAUGUUGUGUUAUCGGCUUUUGGAUCAUGGAGUUCUACAAGUAGAUGCAUAUGGCUUCUUUCAAAUCAUAAACAAAAAUUUGAGUCCAUACUUCUUUUGUAUGUAGUUCAAUUUGAAAUGAUGAACACACCAUAUUUUACAUGCUAUGAUUAAAGAUUAAUAAAGAAUUUACUCACAAUAACAUGUACAAGGGAGUUCAGCUAUACUAAAUCAAUUUGAAAGCGUUGUUAUAUAUUGUGUUUAAUCAUGUAUUUUGUGAUAUAUAAACAAUUUUGUCAUGAGAUUACCUCAUGCAUUUUCUUUUCA